CACAAACAACAUGGUGGAUCAGCUGUUUUCAUUUUUUGUGAGCCCGAAAUUGUUUUUAUAAAAAGACGCACUGUUAUGGUCACAUAGCCAUGUGUGAAUUAAAAUGGGCUCAAUCGCAUCGGUGCUGCAAUGGCAUUGUCAGGCGUGCGGUCAAAUCAACCCAACGGAGAGUGUGAAAUGUUUGAAAUGUGGUAUAAAGAGAGUAUCUGGUCAUGACAGUGAGAUUACUAAACGUUAUUGCACCGAUUCCUCUUCUGAAUACGCAUCGCGGACCGAGAAGAGCGGCGGAACGACUCCUGGCUCAGAGGCAAUCGUCAUACCCACUACAAACAAUUUCAAUAGUGGAUGGUCGUGCGUCGGGUCGGCGCCGCUUGCGAGCCGCGCGUGGCGCUGCGGCUGCGGUCUGCGCAACGUGUCCGCUUCGUGGCGGUGUGCGGCCUGCGACAAGAUCGCGCCCCAUGCUCCUGUUUACAGAUUGUCUGAUGACGAGGAGCAAUCUUCAGGGAUGACUGACAAGGAAAAGUCUGACCAAGACCACAGUAUGAUAAGAUCCAAUACACUAGCAGUCCCGUCUUAUAAACCCUCGUCAAGUUAUUCCGGCGGUCGCCCUCUGAACCUCGACGUGCAAUCCCUCCGUUUGUCUCCCACUCAGAUAACCGACCAUGCGCAUGGAGUGACCAGAUCUCUGUCUCACGGCUCAGUGAUCAACUCGCAGCACAAGUGGUGGAACGUAGAGGAGACCAGAGGCACUAUAAAUAGGCCCACAAGUCUUCUAGUCUCAGAGAGGUACGGAACCUCGUCGUGUACGCCGAGGGAGUCUUUCCUGAGAAGCCUUCACACGGUCACGAGGCGGCCCAAGAAGUGUAACGAGAGCAAAUCUAAUUGGGAGUUGAAUUACGUAAAAAAGUAUCAAAGGGAGCAGAGCAGAGCGUUACAUUUGAAGAAGUGGGCGUGCAGUAAAUGCACGUUAGAGAAUUCGGGGAUACGCACCCAUUGUGAGGCGUGCCUGUCGCCGAGGAUUUCUCCGUUAUCGCGUAUAUCGAACACUAGAGGUCUAAGUGUGACUACGUUGGGCAGGCACGAGACGUUGAGCGGCAGAGAUGGGGCGACUUCGUUACCGACGUCCGGUGGUAUUAUGAUCACCGUCCCAGAUUGGCCGCAGUCUACGAAUUUGGGGGAUAAUUUCCAGAGGUCGAUCAGCGCACAGAACUCACCGGAAACCCGACCGACGUAUCGCCGAUCGUUUUCUGAACAGAACAACGAGAACCGACCGGUCGGGAAAGUUAUAUCGAGUAGACGGAGUCUAAACGACUACCAGAGAUCUUUGGCAAGUUAUUGUGGAACGCUGACAAAGCCUGAAGAACGGGGGUCCGACAAAAAAGAGGAUGCGACAGAACUGAUUGACAAAGAAUGCAGUUGGGACACAAACGCGGAAGGUGUUAUUUACGCGUUGCCGAACAAGGGAAAGUACAAGGAUCUGAAUCUCCAGUUGCAAGUGAACAAUAACGGGACGCGGUACUCCUACGUUUCUGUGCAAGACACGAAGACAGUGAUGAGCAAUUCUCAAAAUGAAGUGGUGUAUUCCAAUGACAUAGGGGAAGGGGAUUACGCCAGGAUCGACGAGCUGUUGGGCGCGGAAAACUGUAUAUCCCCUGUGGGGGAGAGUAAUAUAAGGACGUCGCACAUCGGUGCGUCGAAAGAGCCGGGUAAAGUGUACCACAUGCUGCCCUCGAUGGGCAAGGUGUCGCAUAACCCCCGCGAGUCGUCUAAAGUGCCUUCUAUGCAGCAAUCUUCGCGUGAGAGCGGCGCCGCGCGCAUGUGGCAGUGCAGCGAGUGCUGGUUCGCGUACAACGUGUGGGGCGCGCGCUGCGACGUGUGCCGGAGCGCGCGCCCGCCGCACGCCGUCACUCUGGCGCCGCCGCCCGAGCGGGAGCAGCCCAGGACCAGGAACAACUCAGCUUCAGAAGCGAGUGGACCCAAGCCUGAGUUGAACCGCAAUGAGCCUCCCAAGAAGUUAACAGUACCGAUCGCCUCUUUGGACCACGACCUCAACAGUGAUGAGCUAUUGUUUGCUGUUGACUCCACCCCUACGCCGAGCGCGGACGCGUUGACGUGGACGUGCGCGCGCUGUACGCUGGUCAACGAGUCCGCUGCGAGCGCCUGCGCCGCGUGCGCCGGCUCCAGGCCCUCGCCGCACACGCACUGGUCAUGCAGUUCGUGUACGCUACGGAACCCGUUGUCAGCGAGCCUGUGCCUGGCGUGCAAGACGCCGCCGGUGCCCAAGCAUGGUGUCCCCAGCUCUUCUGCCGACGCAGCCCAUGGGGCUGCAGUCGGAAGAAGCCCUUCGCGACACACCCCGGCACCUCGCCGAGCGGCGUCGCGACACAAAACCCCACCCCCUGAACACAAAUCAGAGACAACAGAGUGGCCGUGCUCGGAGUGUACAUUCGUGAACGCGGGCGCGGCGCUCGCCUGCGACAUGUGCCAGUCACCCAAGACCCGGCUACUGCCCGCCGCGCCCGACCAGCCUAGCUUGGACGACGACGAUUCGCCGGAAGGAUCAGACGGGGAGAGACAAGAGAGUACUCCGAUGGAGAUACUUCGGCUCAGAGAAGAGAGUCACGCUUGGACGCAGUGGCAGGAGGUCUUGGCUCAGUGCGCUGCGACAGGAGACAUGUAUGUAGACGAGUCGUUCCCCGCGGCUCCUCGCUCGCUCUACUACAGCGGGUCGGGGGGUUCGGGCGAGCCUAGUGGCGGCGCCGGCGGGGCCGGUGCUGCCGCCAGGUGGCUUCGGCCGCAGCACAUCCAUGUAGACGCUGAUCCCAGGUUACCCUGGGUGGUGUUCAGAGAUCCGCGGCCUUCGGAUAUAUCGCAAGGUGUUUUAGGCAACUGCUGGUUGCUAUCAGCCCUCGCAGUGUUGGCGGAGCGCUCGGCCCUCGUCCGCAGUGUGGUGGUGCGGGCUGAGCCGGCCCGGGGCGCGUAUCAGCUGCGACUGUGCAAGGACGGUCGCUGGCUGACGGUCACCCUGGACGACCUGCUGCCUUGCAACCGGAAGGGGCAUCUGGUCUACUCUCAGGCAAAAAGGAAACAGCUGUGGGUGCCCCUCAUAGAAAAAGCAGUUGCAAAAUUACAUGGAUGCUAUGAAGCUUUAGUUUCUGGAAGAGCCAUUGAAGGGCUUUGCACAUUGACGGGGGCUCCGUGCGAGUCAGUGUCCCUCCAAGCCGGGGGCGCCGGCGGCGGCACUGGUGGCGGAGCACCCUUGGAGCAGCUGGACCGGGACCUGGUGUGGGCCCAGCUGUUGUCCUCGAGACAGGCCUGCUUCCUUAUGGGGGCUAGCUGUGGGGGUGGCAAUAUGAAGGUGGACGAGGAGGAGUACCAGCGGCUAGGGCUGCGGCCCCGCCACGCGUACUCCGUGCUGGACGUGGCGGAGGUGGCGGGCUACAGCCCCCCCCUGCGCCUGCUGCGGCUGCGCAACCCCUGGGGGCACUACACGUGGCGCGGCGCCUGGGCGGCCAACUGCCCGCGCUGGACCGACGCGCUGCGGCGCGCGCUGCCGGCCGCCAGCGCCGACCGCGACCAGGGCGUCUUCUGGAUCAGCUUCGACGAUGUACUCAAAUACUUCGACUGCAUAGACAUCUGCAAGGUGCGCGUGGGCUGGCACGAGGUGCGGCUGGCGGGCAUCCUGCCCCCCAUGUCGUCCACUCGCCAUCUGACGUGCUUGCUGCUCACUGCCACGCAGCCCACUGAGGUGGACUUCACGCUGUUCCAGGAGGGACAGAGGAAUUCAGCAAAAAGUCAGAGGUCGCAACUAGAUCUGUGCGUGGUCGUGUUCAGAACUAAAUCCGGUCCUAGUGCACAAGUGGGAAAACUUGUGGCACACAGCAAAAGACAAGUAAGAGGUUUUGUGGGUUGCCACAAAAUGCUAGAAAAAGGCUUCUACCUGGUGGUAUGCCUGGCAUUCAACCACUGGCACACUGGCUUGGAACUGGCAGAUAGCUCCGCUUGGCCGCGCCAUGUGUUGGCAGCGCAUUCCUCCAAACCCCUGGCUGUGGAGAGACCUUCGCUGCACCCCCACAUCCUGGCGGACGCCAUCAUUGGCCUGACCUUGGCUAGAGGUCAACGGCAUGAAGGCAGACAGGGGAUGACUGCUUAUUAUUUGACUAAGGGCUGGGCGGGCCUUGUGGUGAUGGUUGAGAACAGACACACAGACAAGUGGAUCCACGUGAAGUGCGACUGCCAGGAGAGCUACAACGUGGUCUCCACCCGCGGGGAGCUCAAGACCAUCGAUUCCGUGCCUCCGCUGCAUAGGCAAGUAAUAAUAGUGUUAACGCAACUGGAAGGCAGCGGCGGCUUCUCGAUAGCGCACCGCCUCACGCACCGCCUGGCGGCCGGCGCGCGCCUGCAGGACUGGGCGCCGCGGCCGGACGACGCGCCGCGCCACCGCCCGCCGCUCGCGCGCCGGCUCAGCGGCCUGCACGCCCCGAGACUCAUCACGUAGGACCGGGACUCGGCACGUAGCACCGGGACUCGGCACGUAGGAUCGGGACUCAUCUAGGAGUGACUUGAGACUCAUCACUGUUUUCUGUGCUAUACACGGACUAUGGGGAAUUCAUCAUCAGUUUUGUUUGUGUUCCAAUACCUUGUAAGAAACUUCUUUGGGCUGGUCCUGUGAUCUAAUAAUGUUUUCUGUACACACUCAAACAAACUUCAUUGGGCUGGAACACCCGCCGUUCGCACGGAGGCUUGCACGCCCGAGACUCAUCACGUAGGACCGGGACUCAUCUAGGAGUGAGAUUCGUUGAUUGUGUUUUCUUUGUACCAACAUCUUCGAAGAAAGUUCAAGGAGUGAUAGAGACUGUCGGGGCUCGGACUAUCGGGACUCAUCACCUAGAAAUUACAAGACUCAUCACUGUUUUCUGUGCUCCGUAAAGAAAUUUCAAUAGGCUGUAACACCCGCCGCUCGCACGCAGGCUUAGCUGGUAGCAUGCUUCGUGACUCUUCACGUAGGACUGAGACUCAUGACGUAGGACCGGGACUCAUGUAGUGACUGAGACUCAUCACUGUUUUCUGUGCAAUACACUGACUAUGGGGAUUUAUCAUUUAGGUGGGACCGAGACUUAUCACUGUUUUAUUUGUGUUCCAAUACCUUCUAAGAGACUUCUUUGGGCUGGUCCUGUGAUGUAAUAAGUUAUGGAAAAAUAAGUUUUGGAAGUAUAGGUGUGACACAUUACUGUUUUCUGUGCUGUAAUUACACUCAUUUGAAGUAACUUCAUUGGGCUGGAACACACGCAGGCUUAGCGGCCUGCACGCCCCAAGACUCAUCACGUAGGACCGGGACUCAUCACGUGAGACCGGGACUCAUCUAGGAGUGAGAUUCGUUGAUUGUGUUUUCUGUGUUCCAAUAUCUUCGAAGAAAGUUCAAGGACGGGUUGAAACACAUCACUGUUUUCUUUGCUUCAAUAUACUUGAAGAAACUUCAUUGGGCUGGGACUAACGGGAUUUAACAUGUAAAUCAUGUUUUAUGUGCAAUUUCCUGGAAAGCUUAUGUUAAGAUUAUGGCCUAAAACUUAUCAACUUAUCAAUACUUAAUUUUAAAUGAAGGGUUGUUUCAAUAAUAUAAAGCCCAAGAACGUUGGAAUACUUAAGAGGUCCUAUUUACUAGCCAUUUUAUUGUGGACAGACUUUAAAAGUGAUGGUAAAAGUUACACACACGCUACCUAGACCAUCUAGGAAAAUUUAUAAUUUUCAAUUAGGAUUUACUUUAAUUUGUUGAAUAACCAUGCUAGACUGCAGAGCGUAUAGAUAUUAGGCCGGAGAAUGUAGAAAUAAAAAUUGAGAAACGAUCAAAUGUGAUUUUGUAGUCUCUUCAUUCUCUUUCGUCUAAGAACGUGCGCUUUUUGAAAAGGCUUUUUAGAUAUGCCAGAAAGAAUAAGACGGUACUAAAUAAAUAGUUAAACGAUCGUGAUUACCAAAAUCCCAGUGAUUACUAUUAGCACCCAAAAAUAAAGAUGUUUAUACUGAUUAUUGUUUGCACCCAUGACGUUCCUCCUACUCAUGGGUGCAAACAGUAAUCAUUCUAUCAAUCCGAUUAUUAUUGCUCGCAUCUGUAAAGUGGUCAAUGUCAGAAGAAUAUUUUAAAUUUUGAGUAAUCAAAGAGAUAUUGUUGUUAUAUCGAAACACUAUAACGCCAAUGUGGAUUGUAGCUUACGUACUUGUUUUAAAGUUGAAUAUUCUGCAUUACUAUUUUACAUAAAUUGCGUUAAAAUGUUCAGAAUUUCGACUUUAAAUCACCUAUGUAUGUUUUUACUCUGACGACAUAUUGAUUCAAUUAACAUCGUUCGUCGUUGACAUAAAUUAUGUCAUAUAAAAUAUGAAAUUUCAUAUCUCAAAAUAUCGACAUUUGAAAGACACUGAAAAAACAAAUGCUAACUCAAGACUUUGUUUUCAUAUUUGAUAGACCACAAUGGUAUUUUUAAAGUAUAAAUAAAUAAGAUUGCAUAUAUACGUGUAGAAAUCACCGCAUGGGUUAUUUUUCGAGGAUACCUAGUCAUAAGCACAUCACUACUUCUAGUUUUUUAAGAUGUCAUUAAUUAUUAUUUAAUGUAUAAAUACUUUUAGGUGAUAUCAUCAUUUUAAAUGUGUAAUAAAAAUGAAUAGAUCUUUAAUACGUAGUGCGCUAUCGGUCGGGACUUAGGAAUGUUGAGUUAUAGAAAAUAUAAGUAAUGCAAUGUCGCUUCGUAGACGUGUAGUCGAUGUUAAGCUUACUGUACGAUUUCGCAGUAAUAUUAAUGCGAGGAUGUGUUAUUUUCCACAUUAAAAAGUACAGCCUACCAAUAGAAGUGUAUUUUGACAUUCCCAUUGACGUUUGCUAGCGGCGUUUUAUAUAAAUAAAUCAAAUUCUUUAAAAGUUCAUUUUGAAAACAAAAAUGUUUCGUUUUCAAACAUUUCUUUUUAAAAUUAAUUUAAAAGUAUGAUAAAACUUUUAUCACAAUUUUGUAAUGCCAAAAAUCGAUUAAAAAUAAAAAAUACAUGCAUAUUUACUAAUGAAACAAACUAUGUAACAUCUUACUUUUAGUUUAAUAUUUAUGCAUAACGGAUACUGAAAAGAAAUGUUGAAUUAUUUCACUAAUAAUAAUAACUGGGCAAUAAGAAUUACUUUUAGAUUUCCGCAGGAAUCGUAUAGUAAGUAUGAAAUAACGAAUACACCUCUACAAAUUGAAAUUACGGUGAAAAUGAUUCGGGCUAUGUUCAAAUUAGUUAAAUGUAAGAUUUAUGUUUUCUUUAAUUACUGUAAGACGAGAAGAUAUUGUUGUUUUAAAAUAAUUUUUAUUUUGUUUAAGAGCGAACCAUGACACCAUAUUUUAUUUGUCUGUUCAACAUAAUUAUGUAGAAUCCAAAUGUACGCACUAUUUUUAAAGCUAUCAAUUAGAUUUGCAAUCGACAUUAUUUUCGAAGUUUUAAUUCUUCAUACAUGGACAAUGAAAUUUAUGUUUUCAGCCAUAAUGAAAUUCAGCCUUUAUAAUUAUUUGUAAAAAGCACAAAUUGUUAAGUGAAUUUUAUUUAUUUCAAAGUAUGUAAUUGAAAUUUUAAAAACGACUUAUUUUAAAUGAUUAUUAAGUGUACUUUUUAUAUUACUAUUUUUGAAUGAGGCAAUUUUACGAGAAAGAUUUUUUUUGUUUGGUGAUCCGAUUUAAGUCGUCUAUAUUUGAUUAAAAGAAAUAUUUUUUAUGAUCUGAUAUUUUAGUGACUAACUGAAAAACACUCGAAUAAUUUUCUUUAAUGAAUUACAUUUAUAAGAUUGUAAUUUAAUUGAGACGAACUGUUAAUACGUAGAAGAGUAGAUUUGCAACUUCUCUUUAAUACUCGAUUUUAAUAUGCAUUUUUGAUUUAGCAAUGAAUUUGUAAUUGAUAAGAAAAAGAUUAAGUGAAAAUAUAAACAUAACAGCAUAGGUCUAUUCUGGCCUGUUUCACGGGUUCAUGGAUAUUGGAUAAUAAUUCUGCUUUCGGACGACUUCUAUUUGGAUUUGGAGUAGAUUGACUCUACUACAACUGUCUUGAAAAAGUAGAACAUCCAUAACAAAUGCUACAUACGUAGAGAAUAAUCUGGACAAUUACUUAUAUUUUAUAAAGACAAUUAUUUUAUGUUAAAUGAGAUAUUGCUUUAACAUAAAUGUAAUUUUAUGUAUUUAUAGAAGAUUUAGCGUUCCAUUCCAAUACUCAUUAUUUUUAUUGGUUGUUUGUUGAAAAUUAUUAUAUUUUUGUAUAAUUAUUUGAGUGAUAAACUAUACUUGCCACUAUUUUAUUACUACUUUACUAUUACUAUAAGUUUAAUGAAGGCUUGGCUUUUAUAUAAGUUGUCAGUUUUAUGUGUUUUUAAAAUAGGACUAUAUGAUGCAAUACCACCUGAUUGAUACCAACACAUCACCCUUUUGAUUCAUAAUAAUUUUAUACAAAAUGAAUUAAUUGAAAUUUUUGUUUGCAUUUCGCGUUGAAAUUUUAAGUUAUAACUGAUAUUGACGAAGUCAAAAAAAAAAAUGAAAGACAUAUUAUUGAUUAAUUUAAUUAUUUACAUUAAAUAAUAAUUUAUUUAUUUCUUAUUUCUUAAAAUUAAUGAAAUAAUUAUUAUACCCAGCUCGAACAAUAAAGGUACUCCUUUUAUCUCCUUUAUUAUUUCGAUAAACCAUGCUCUAAAUCUACUACAUUGGAUACUACAAUUUCUCUUUUCUUAGUUAAAAAAAACUAAGUGCUAACGCCCGUUAAGUUUUAGUAUUUGGCCUAAAACUCAUUUUCAUUGAUAUUAAUUCAUUGAUCAUUGAUAUUUUUAUUAUUAUUAUUAUUUCCUCGUUUUGUUUUUCAGUUAUUUAAUUAAUUUUUAACUCGAACAAUGGCACAAGAAUGCACAUAAUGAAAAUUGUUUAUGUGACAAAAAAGUAUUUCGAUUAUAGUAAAUAGCUUAGGAUGUUAGACAGUAUGUGCGGCACAAAAUAUUGAUAUUAUAGUUUAGUGAAUAUUUCUAAAUGUUUCAUAAUUUAAACUCUGUUUUCGAAUUUGAGACAACAUCGGUGACAGAUUUUUAUCUGCGAUCUUCUAACGAAAGCUAACGUAAUUAACGUCAAUUUACCUAGUGGCAGAGAUUUUUCGUUCUUACAAAUCAUUUUACAUGAUUAUUUCAAUGAAAUUAUGUUAUUUUUAACUCUACAUACAUUGAUUUCCAUCAGGUAACCCCAACCAAGAAUAAUUUUUCAAGUAAACAACGCGACGAAUAAUUGAAUUGUAUCAAUUUGUUAAUUUUCUGAUGGUUUAUGUACUGUAAGUUUGAUAUCCCAAAUUAUUGAAAUUUGUAACAUUGUUUACUAGAAAACCAAGUAAAGAAAACCUACGCCAGCCGUGUUGUAUUUACAAAAUGUUAUGGAUACAACACUAGUAACUUUUCUAUUUUAUUGUUCUGCUAAGACAUCACUCGUGGUUUGUGUCGCACACACGUUAGUUGUAAAUUUUCCAUCGGCACCUGUAAAAAUCCUUAUACACGAGCUCAUAAAGGUUAUAUAAUAAUUUGUAGCACGAGUGUGUAGAAAAUUAAAUGGUUAAUUAGUAAUUUGUACACAAAAAAAAUAAGCUUUUAUAAGACAAAAAAAAGUGUUGAUCGUUUAUUGGGAAGUUGUUUUUCUCACGGUUAAAUAUUAAGGGUUAUUUUUAUGUGUAUUGUGCCAUAAUCGAGGUCUAGAGGCCGUUUAGUUGCGCAACCGUUGCGCUAUCGUCGAGCAACUUUUAGUUGACGUUUUUGAUAUAAUAAAUAUUAUCCUAGCGGGCCUCUUAGAUUUGUUUUGUUUCUUGCUUCGUGUAUUCUGACAUUGUAUGAAAUAGUUGUUAAUAUUACAUCCACAUUACAUUAUAAUUGUUAAAUUGUAAACCACUGUUGUAAAAGGAUGCGAUAACUAAACGUUAUGACAGUUUACACUUGCGCGUUCGUGUUAAUUUUGCUGUCAAAAUUACGGAACAAUACAGAAUUAUGUAUGAUAUUUAUAAAGUAUUAUAAAACAAACUAUGGUUGUUUUAAAAUUACCUUGUAAUGGUUUACAAUAUAUUGCAAUAUUUAACUCAAAGUCUUGGUUACAACUGUCACAUUGUGUGAGUAAUUAUAUAACUGAAAUAUUUUUCUUAGUAAUUAUUAUUUUUGUGAUAUCAAUCAUUAAUAACAGCUAACUUUAAUAUGUAGAUAAUUUUAUAUUGUAGGUACUUUUCAGCAUCUCAAAUUCAUCACCAACUUGUAAAUGUGAUCAUGCAAAUUGUAUACUAGGAACUUGUGUAUAUUAAUGUGUUCACAUGAAAUAAAUUUAAGAAAUCUAAAGUAAUAUACUGAAGCAAGAAGCAAAAGCUUUAAGAUUUUUGAUAUCACAUUUUAUUUAUUGACUAUCUACUUGAAUUGUAGUGAGCUCAGAGUAAAGAUUAAGUCAUAGAGCACAUAAUUAUAAUUUACUGGAACUAUUUUCACAUUAAAUAAUUAAAGUAUUUAAAUUGUGUGAGAGCUAUUCAUCACUGUUAAAAUCCAUUGUAACCAAUUAUAAAAUAUGAUUUCUUUUUAUAAUCAUGAUUACCGUUUGCACCCUAUAGUUUAUAAUCAUGAUUACCCUUUUACUCGUGAUUACCAUUGACACCCACGAUUAAUGGUCGUGAUUACUGGUAAUAAUGUUCAUUGCUCAAUGCCGUAUGUUUACUCUGAGGUAGUAAGGUUGUUUUGUAGCAAAAAGACGCUUAUUUUACGUGUUAGCGGAUACGUGAAUGCAUGUUAUAUUACUUAAACAAUAAGGGAAUAAAAUUAUUUAAAUUUGA